CCUAAGAUUUCAGGUGCAAAUUUAUUUUAUUUGUUAUUGGUUUCUGCCUCUAGGCUACAUUCAUUACUUAAUACCGUUCUUAUAGUUUCUAUUUUUACAUCGUCUCUAUUUUUCAAGUAAUCAGUUUGUUGACUGUACAUGAAAUGAAUAGCAAGGUACAACCAGUGGCAAAUAAAUCAGUUUGAUAUGCAGCUGUGCUGGAGUAGUGGGGGAAGUUAGGUUAGUUUGUGUUACAAUAACCGAUGAUUAGUGUGAUGCCCAAACACAGUAACUAAAAAGAACUUCUUGAAUUAAUACAGAGCAAAAUGGCAAAGACAGUAAUUCCAGGCAGGGUAUGCUUCCAUUAAUAAUUGUAGAGACACAAUAUAUCAUGCUUGAGAGAAUUAUUGAUCAAAAAUGUUAGUUACACAGUGAACUAUUCAUGAUUAAUAAAUAAUGGGCUUGAAGAAAAUCUGUACUAAAGCCAUUCCAUAAACCUGUAAAAACAGAAAAGGAGAGAUAUUUAACUUUGGAGAUGGAAGAAGUGAUCUUCAGCUUUUGGAUUCAUACAUAAGGACGUCCCAUGAAAUGGAGAUGACCAACGCUGGAAAAGAAGCAAAUGGAUUAGACAAUCCCACUUUUCUUACUGAUGAUGGUAAACAUUGUAACUUCACUGAGGACGGUGCUACAGUUCGAGACUAUGAAGGAAAACCAGAAGACUUCAGUAGGAAAGGUGGUAACAAGCUGGCAUACACUGUCACAGAUAUACCUCCAUGGCAUCUUUGCAUCUUCCUGGGAAUUCAGCAUUACCUGACUGCACUUGGAGGUCUCGUCGCAAUUCCUCUCAUCCUUUCCAAAUCACUUUGUCUGGAGCUGGACACUCUGACACAAAGUCACCUGAUCAGCACCAUAUUUUUCGUCUCAGGGAUCUGCACUCUUCUUCAGGUUAUCUUUGGAGUAAGGCUACCUAUUCUACAAGGAGGAACCUUCGCAUUUCUAACGCCUUCACUGGCCAUGCUCAGCUUGCCCUCCUGGAAGUGCCCUGCUUGGACCAGUAAUGCCAGCAUGGUGGAUCCUACUUCCUCAAAUUUCACUGAAUUAUGGCAGGUUCGAAUGAGAGAGUUGCAGGGAGCAAUUAUGGUUGCAUCUUGCUUCCAAAUUUUUGUUGGCUUUUCGGGUCUCAUUGGAUUCCUGAUGCGGUUCAUUGGCCCUCUGACUAUUGCUCCAACCAUAACUUUGGUAGCGCUGCCUCUCUUUAGCUCAGCAGGAAAAGAUGCUGGAGAACACUGGGGAAUAGCAGCCAUAACAAUUUUCUUCAUAGUUUUAUUCUCUCAGUAUCUGAAAAAUGUGCCUGUUCCACUACCAUCUUACACAAAAAGCAAAAAAUGCCAUUUCUCCAAGAUCUACCUCUUCCAGAUCUUUCCAGUGCUGUUUGCUCUCACAAUUACGUGGCUAUUAUGUUUUAUACUGACAAUCACCAACGUUUUCCCUUCAGAUACAAGAGCUUAUGGUUAUUUAGCUCGGACUGACAGCAAAGGUGAUGUCAUAAGCAAGGCACCCUGGUUUCGAUUUCCUUACCCAGGCCAGUGGGGAGUGCCCACAAUUAGUUUGGCUGGUGUAUUUGGCAUCUUAGCUGGAGUGAUCUCCUCCAUGGUGGAGUCAGUUGGAGAUUACUAUGCCUGUGCUCGUUUGUCUGGUGCUCCACCCCCUCCCAAGCACGCAAUCAAUCGUGGGAUUGGAGUAGAAGGGAUUGGCUGCCUUCUGGCUGGAGCCUGGGGAACAGGAAAUGGUACCACUUCUUACAGUGAAAACGUUGGAGCUUUGGGGAUCACUCGGGUAGGUAGUAGAAUGGUCAUUGUAGCUGGGGGCCUUGUUCUGCUUUUGACUGGCAUGUUUGGCAAGAUUGGGGCUGUGUUUGCCAGCAUUCCAACACCCAUCAUUGGAGGAAUGUUUCUUGUGAUGUUUGGUAUCAUCACGGCUGUGGGGGUUUCUAAUUUACAGUACACAGACAUGAAUUCUUCAAGAAACAUAUUCAUCUUUGGAUUUUCUAUAUUUGCUGGCUUGACUGUUCCACACUGGGUGGAAAAUAAUGCAGAAAAACUAAAAACAGGAACUUUACAGCUAGACCAAGUGAUCCAAGUACUGCUAACUACUGGCAUGUUUGUUGGUGGAUUCCUGGGUUUUUUUCUUGAUAACACUAUUCCAGGAAGCCAAGAAGAACGAGGACUCCUCGCUUGGAGAAAAGAUGAUAGUGAAGAGUCUGAUGGUGCUGUGAAUAACCUGCACAUUUAUGACCUUCCAUUUGGAAUCGGUUCCAGGUUCUGUGUUGCUAACUGGUUUAAAUAUCUUCCAAUAUGCCCUAAGCAAAUGGCUACCCAAGGUGCAAAGGAACUGAAGAGCAACAAAGCUGAUUUUGAAAGGAACUCUGAUAAUGAUAUUAACACAAAGGUUUAAAUCUGCACCCAGAAGCGGAGGGAAACCCACUUUCCUAAGGUUUUGAAAAACCACCUUCCUUUUUGUGGGUUUUGCGGCCCUUGAGUUGUGUGUGACUCAAGACUAAUGUCCAAAAAACAGUUCCAUGAUUUCCUCUCCCACUUACCCCCUACCCCGACUGGAAGAAUCCUGAAUGUCAAUUUCUUUAUGGCAUCAUUUCAGGAAAUCAUUUAUUUAGGGAUUGGAAAGUACAGGUGUGGGUCAUGGAAAAGAACUCUCUUUUCCAUGAUGGAAAACUGUUGCCUAGAAAAUCUGAGCCUAAUUCUUGGGAAGAUGAAUAAACGAAUCCUAAAGCAUUUAUCUGAGGUUUUGGUAAAUACAGCCUCAAGCUUUGUGUCAGCUGAACUGAUUGGAUGCAGUUGAUCAAACCCUACAUUUGCAUGCUUUGGACUUUUGGUAUCUCCCUAUUUUUAAAUCAUCAGAAUGGUUAGAUUUAUAAAAGCUCUGAAGGAUAAUAAAUUCUGGUUUCCAAUAAAAAUGUAAAUCGUCACAUGACCACAGGAUGCGGCAAAUGGCCAUAAAUCAGUGCGUUGCCAGGCCCUUAAAAUGCAUCUGUGUGAUUUUUUUUGGGGGGGGGGAUCAGAAUUUUGAAUCUGGGUCAUAUGUGCCUUUUUUUGGGGAGGGGGGGGUCCCUUGUAACAUCAAACAUUUGCGAAGUGACCAGCCAUAAGUUGAGGACUAUCUGUACUUUAUCCAGAUAAAUAUCUGUCUGUAUAAUGUUCUCCCUUAUUUUAAACUGUAUCCAAAGAAAAAUAUCAGUAAUCUGAUAUGCAUGAGGAAACACUUUCGAUCAUUCUCUUGUGGGUAGGCCAUUUUGGUUUACUAAUAAGCCCUACUUAAUGCUGACAGUUGUUUUCUAUGUUCUGAUUUUGGGAGGAUUGCACUGAUGUCUUGUUUGUAAUUGCAUCAUAUCACAUUAAGGGUUUGCAUUGCAAAUCAAUAUUUUCUAAAAUUCUGAAAAAAGGGAUUUUGAUCUGAUUAACCAUAGGGCAUUAUGGAAGGCCAAAUCAGGCCCUUUCUGCCCAUUUCAGUUUCCUGUUAUAUGUAUCUAAUUACAUGUGCCAAAUAAAAUAUUCUAUUUCCA